GCUCAGAUUUUACCUCCCGCCCCAUGCAGCUCGCUGUAUUCUAAACCGUCCGCCAGAACACUCACAUGCAUGCCGCUACUUCCUGGAUGGAAGAAUGGAACCAAAGACAGUUCGGUACGUUUAGAAAGUCUGUGAUGGAACGCUUCCAGCACUGCCUUUGCAACAUUCUCUCUACAUUCAUAAGUGGCGCCGCGGGUCACCGCUGAAUGGACGAACAUAAUCAGUAGCCUAUUCUUCGACCAUUUUUUCCCUCAAGUUGACGAAAUUGAGUCGGGCUCGUUGACUUUCACCUAUAUGAUUCACUUUGGGAAUGUAGAAAGAAAGCUUGGAUGCAUGUGGCCGACUGUGACAAAACUAUUUUUCUGCGGUUCACAGCCAUAGAUAUUCCUUGAAACAGAUGCUUAAUUGGCUUCAAGUGAAUUGCCAUCAAACUACACUCCAUCUGACACUACAGUUGGGUUUGCGCCCUAUGUGCUAACGUCUGUUUUCUACAAUCAAGUUUAUGUAAUUUUGUAGACCUCAAACUUUGUCACCCGUUGCCUUCUUGUUGCUCUCGAUGAGUAUUUUAACAUGCGGAGAAUACUGGAACCGAGUCACUGGUGGACCUUACCCAUAAUUUGUUCAGCCUUGGCCGUGUUUACCGACUGUCAUCCUGCUCUACAGGGUGGCCAGUCGGGGUCAGUAGGAGAGGAGCACCAUGGGAGCAUGGGGGGCGGGGUGAGGGAGAGGAGGGCCACAGGAGGAAACUCCUACUGGGCUUAUUCCGGGACCCACAGUCCUGGGGUCUGGACCUCUUCAUACCCUGAGUGUGCGGAGAGGAACCAAUCACCGGUGGACAUCUCAGACAAGGAUGCCAAGGUGUCUCAGGAGUGCCAGGAGCUGACCCUCAACGGGUUCAACGCCGAGUCAUCCAACAAGACCUCCAUGAAGAACACAGGAAAGACAGUGGCUGUUCUGCUGAAGGAUGACUAUUUUGUACGGGGGGCAGGACUACCUGGACGCUUCAAGGCGGAGAAGAUCGAGUUCCACUGGGGUCAGAGUAACGGAUCAGCAGGGUCGGAACACAGCAUCAACAGCAGGAGGUUCCCCGUGGAGAUGCAGAUAUACCUGUACAACUCAGAUGACUUUGACAGUCUCAGUGCGGCCAUCAAGGAGAAGCGCAUCAUUGCUGCGAUGGCUGUGUUUUUUGAGGUGGGGCGGCGAGACAAUCCAGCCGUAGAGCCCAUCAUCCAGGGACUGAAACGGGUCGUACACCACGAGAAGGAGACAUUCCUGAGUUCCUUCGUCCUGAGGGAUCUGCUACCGUCAUCUUUGGGGAGUUACUACCGCUACACAGGCUCUCUCACCAUCCCGCCCUGCAGCAAGGUGGUCGAGUGGAUCGUCUUAUCCAGACCCGUUUUCCUCUCCCACUCACAGCUGGAGGCGUUCUACUCCAUCUUCACCACGGAGCAGCAGGACCAUGUGAAGUCGGUAGAAUACCUGAGAAACAACUACAGACCCCUUCAGGACCUGGACAACCGGGAGGUGUUGAAGUCUGCCGUUAAAGAUGCCUGGCAGAGGGACCAGACCGACAACCUGGGACUGGGUACAGAUGGCACCACGGACGCAUCCAGAGUCUGUAGCAGUGCCCCGGUCAACAUGAAGAUCCAGCCGCUGAAUGGCACUGCCCUGGUGGUGAGCUGGCAGCGCCCGCUAGUGGUUUACCACCCGCCUAUCACCAGCUUCAUGGUCUCCUACAGCUGGGUGAAGAGUGAUGUGGCCUACGAGAAGACCUUCACCAAGACUGGGGACCAGAACAUGAAGGCGGUGAUAACCCACGUGUCUCCAGACAUCCUGUAUCUGUUCAGAGUCCAGGCGGUGUGCCAGAGAGACCUACGCAGUGACUUCAGCCAGACACUGCUCUUCAGAGCUAACACCACCAGGAUAUUUGAGGGAACACGGAUAGUGAAAACUGGAAUGCCCACUGUCUCCCCGGCCUCCUCGGCAGACAUGGCUCCCAUAAGCUCCGGAUCCUCUACCUGGACCUCCUCUGGCCUCCCCUUCUCCUUCGUCUCUAUGGCUACAGGGGGCAUGGGCCCCUCGUCCAGCGGCAGUCAGGCCACGGUAGCAUCGGUGGUAACCAGCACCCUUCUGGCCGGCCUGGGCUUCAGCGGAGGGGUCAUCUCCUCCCUGCCUGGCUCUCUCUGGCCCACCCAGGCCCCUGCAGCCAGCCCUGGGUCUAAACCCGGCCCGGGUCCCAGCCGCCAGCCUGCCCAGCCCCAGGCCUCCACCGAGCCCCCCACAGCCCCUCAGGGUGGUUCUGACACGGACACCCCCACAGAGGAGAAGGAGGCGGGGGUGGACAGGGAGAACGAGGCGGAGGAGGGAGAGGGAGAGGAGGAUGAAGGGGAAGACGACAGGAGGAGGAAGAAGAAUAACAAGACAACGCCUGAUGAGGUGGAGAUGCAUCUAAAUGACACUGUGGUCAAAGAGCCCAUUUCCGCCCUCACCCCCACAGCCACAGCCAAAGAGAAAGGACAGGGGCAGGGAGAGCCUGUUGCUAACAGCACCACAGUGCCAAUAAGUGGAGGAGAGGACCAACUGGUCAGAGUGGACAGUAACACAGGGCCCACUGUGGAGCCAAAGAAUGACACAGAAGAGAGAGAGAUACAGAUUCCCCAGAGCCCAACACGCUCCCCAAAGACUAGCGGGGAAGAGAAGAGCCUUUGGCCUUUCUCUGUCCACACUGACAGGACCAGUGUGUCCAACAUGACCCGCAGCCCUCACCCCGGGGUGGGCAGGAUGGAGUGGAUCCUCCCCCUGGUGGUGGUCUCUGCGCUCACUCUGCUCUGCCUCAUCAUGCUACUGGCUGUCCUGGUCUACUGGAGGAGGUUUUUCCAGACAGCUCACUUCUAUGUGGAGGACAGUAGUUCUCCCAGGGUGGUGGCCAAUGAGAACAUCCCCGUCAUCCCCAUCCCAGAUGACAUGGACGCCAUCCCCGUCAGGCAGUUAAUCAAACACAUCACGGAGCUCUACUCCAACAACCUGCACGGCUUCUCUGAGGAGUUUGAGGAGGUCCAGCGUUGUACAGUGGACCUGAAGAUCACAGCAGAACAUUCCAAUCACCCUGACAACAAGCACAAAAACAGAUACAUCAACAUCGUGGCCUAUGAUCACAGUAGGGUGAAGUUACGACCCUUGACUGGAAAAGAUGCCAAACACAGUGACUUCAUCAACGCUAACUAUGUAGAUGGUUACAACAGUCCCAAGGCCUACAUCGCAGCCCAGGGCCCUCUCAAGUCCACUUUCGAGGACUUCUGGAGGAUGGUGUGGGAACAGAACACUGGUAUCAUCGUCAUGAUCACUAACCUGGUAGAGAAAGGAAGGAGGAAAUGUGACCAGUACUGGCCCACAGAGAGCAGUGAGGAGUAUGGCAACAUCGUGGUCACUCUGAAGAGUACUAACGUUCAUGCCUGCUACACACUGAGACGAUUCCUUAUACGGAACACCAAAGUCAAAAAGGGUCAGAAGGGCAACCCAAAGGGGCGUCAGAACGAGCGGCUGGUGAUCCAGUAUCACUACACCCAAUGGCCUGACAUGGGCGUGCCAGAGUACACCCUACCUGUCCUCACUUUCAUAGGGCGCUCCUCUGCAGCACGCACACCUGACAUGGGCCCCGUCCUAGUCCACUGCAGUGCUGGAGUCGGGCGGACAGGGACGUACAUCGUCAUCGACAGCAUGCUGCAGCAGAUCAAAGACAAGAGCACAGUCAACGUCUGGGGCUUUCUCAAACACAUCCGCACACAACGCAACUACCUGGUUCAGACAGAGGAGCAGUACGUGUUCAUCCAUGAUGCCCUGAUGGAAGCCAUCCUGGGCAGUGAGACAGAGGUACCCGCCUGUCAGCUCCAUGGUUACGUCAACAGCAUCCUCACCCCUGGCCUCGGGGGCCGCACGCGCCUCGACAAGCAGUUCAGACUGCUGACCCAGUGUAACACCCACUUCAUAGAGUGCUUCAGCGCCCAGAAAGACUGCAACAAGGAGAAGAACCGCAACUCCUCAGUGGUUCCAUCGGAACGAGCUCGAGUAGGACUGGCCCCUCUCCCUGGAAUGAAAGGCACAGACUACAUCAAUGCCUCCUACAUAAUGGGUUACUACAGGAGUAAUGAGUUCAUCAUUACCCAGCAUCCUUUGCCCCACACCACCACAGACUUCUGGAGAAUGAUCUGGGACCACAACGCCCAAAUCAUCGUCAUGCUUGCUGACAACCACGGUUUGGCUGAGGAUGAGUUUGUGUACUGGCCGAGCAGAGAGGAGGCGAUGAACUGCCUAGCCUUCACUGUCACCCUGAUCAGCAAGGACAGAUUGUGUCUCUCCAACGAAGAACAGAUCAUCAUCCACGACUUUAUACUGGAGGCCACGCAGGAUGACUAUGUCCUGGAGGUAAGACAUUUCCAGUGCCCUAAAUGGCCGAACCCAGAUGCUCCUCUCAGCAGCACCUUCGAGCUCAUCAAUGUCAUUAAAGAGGAGGCCAUGACACGAGACGGACCCACCAUCAUACACGAUGAGUUUGGGGCAGUGUCUGCGGGGACUCUGUGUGCCCUCACCACCCUGUCUCAGCAGCUGGAGAGUGAAGGGGCUGUGGAUGUCUAUCAGGUGGCUAAGAUGAUCAACCUCAUGAGGCCAGGAGUCUUCACAGACAUUGAGCACUAUCAGUACCUGUACAAGGCCAUGCUGAGCCUGGUGAGCAGCAGAGAUAGCGGGAUGUGCCCCCUCUACAUGGACACUAAUGGAGUGGUUGUCAUAAUGGACGAAUCAGACCCUGCAGAGAGCAUGGAGUCGCUGGUCUGACUGACUGGUUACUGACUGACUGGUUACUGGUUUGACUGGUUACUGGUUUGACUGGUUACUGGUUUGACUGGUUACUGAUCUGAAGGGUUCUACUGGUUACUGGUCUGACUGGUUACUGGUCUGACUGGUUGUAUUGGUCUGACUGGUUACUGGAAUGACCGGUUGUACUGGUUACUGGUCUGACUGGUUACUGGUCUGACUGGAGUCAUUAGUCUGAAUGAACACACCGUAGCUCACACCACCACCCGAAGGCACUUAAUUUGUACAACUCUGAGAAACGGAGAGAACUUUGGCGGACUUUCCCGAGGCCUUUUUUGCCAGAACUAUUGGUUAAAUGAAUACCGGUAACCUGAUUACCUUUUUUUACACUGAUGAUAUAAUGUUUUUUGAUAUUUAUUUGUUUCUUCAUUAUUUUUGUCUUAAUUGUUAUCCUGCUGAGGGUUUGCACCUGUUUAAGUUGUUUCACGUGUGGAAAAAGAAAGAAGCUCUGUCCAGUUUGCACUAUACUUUCAGUGUUACUGCCUAAAACCCUGUUAGAUAAUACAGUACAGUUAGCUAGACCCUGGCUCCACGCUCCACUACCUGCAUUGGAACCCAUUUUGGAUUGUGGCAAAGAAAAUACUUUCGCCUCAAUGAAUGAAUGAACAGUGAAGACCAAGGACGACCCUACAGGUCAACAUGAUCUUCCAGGCCAAUAGAUUUCGUAAUACAGACCAUCCCAGUUCAGUACAUUUUAUUACAGUACAGCUCACCCAACAUGCAUUGCAUCACUAUUAUCUGGCCAACACUUAUUUUGGAAACCCCACCUUAUCCAAGGAAAAUUUUAAUCUGUAGAGAUACUAUGUUACUUAUACAUAUUAUAACUAUAUUACCCAAAUAUCCCCAUUCAUAUUUGUAAAUUAUACCCGUUACUUAGAUUUUUUAAAAGUAGUAUUACAACUACUGUGAACAUUUAUUGCUUUAUAUUAAGAUUUAUAUUGUUUUGUAAUAUAUAUGACUAUAUCCUUUAUCAAAGUAAGCAGCUGGUUUUGUAUACUGAAUAUCAUUCCCCCUCUCGCCUUGUGUGGAUCAAGACCCAUAGUGUCCAUUUUGUCCAACCCAGCUCUACAUGUGGCUUAUCUUGCAUCAACUGUUUUACUUAAUAUAAAGUUUACUUCAUAAAAUACAGCUUUCAUCUUACCAAAUUAAUGGAGUUCUCGUAGUCUUAACAUCAUCUCGAGGGGGAAGUGUUUUUCUUUCAUUAUAACCAAAGACGUGGCUGAAAAUUGCAACAAGAAAGUUGUUUGACUGUAAUUGGACAAAAAAAUUAUAUUAUUACAUGGUUGUUGCAAUGUUACCACAAAGUUCUUAGAAUGUGUUUCGGGACAACGGUCAGUCACAUGACGCGUUCAUCCUAAUGAAAGUCCAUAGUGUAAGCCCAUACUUCACCAUGUGAAAUUACGUUUGAACUGGAUUUUAACUAAACCCCAACACCAAACAACAAUCUCUACUUUAUUAAUUCAUACUGUACCAUGUAGCUAUACCCUGUACUUAUACAUAGAUGCUGUAGUUUCCUUUUUUUCCCCCCUCUUCUCUCUCCACGAGAAGCUUCUUAAAUGAAGUCACAGCUCUCCAACAUUUGGAGAAAAGUCCUGACUUAUUACAUGCUUAUUUGUCACAAUGGGAAACAGUUUUUGGCAGCCAACAACCAUUUGUUUUGCAUGUGUAACUUUUAAAUGUAUCUCAAUCAUUAUUAUUAUUAACGUUACGCUUUCUACAUAUUUCAUUUAUAACAUGAGUGUAAUUUCCUAUUUCGAAGGUAUGUACAUAUUUACUUCAAGGAUCAGUCUUCUUGGACGUUCUAAUCUUUGCUGUGUGAUCAUUAUAGACCUUUUAUUUUCAUAUGAAGCUUUUUUCUUUGUAGCAGUAUCCUCCUCUUGUAUUCGUGGUGAGUAUGUAGGAAUCAUGUCUCCAUGGAUACAAGUAGACUGCCAUCACCUUCCAACACAAGUCCACGACUGCUUCUAAAAUGGCAUCCUAUACUCUAUAUGGUGCCCUACAUUUGAUCAAAAGAGGUGCACUAUAUACAGUAGGGAAUAGGAUACCAUUCGGGAUGUUCACCGUAAAUAAUUUGUUUUUCUCUCGGGGGAAUAUGUUAUUCCUCCCCAUUUUGAAUAUCAGACUUUUGCUAUAGACUACAUCAGACCAGUGUGCGCUAUGGAUGAAAAAGAUCCCGGGAGUCACUGAGUAAAGUUUGCCUCCUCAACCCAUCUAAGCAAGUUCAGCAGUUGUUCGAUUUUGUAAACGUGAAGAAAUGAAAUGGUUUGGUCCAUUUAUUAUAUUGUCAUUGUAUGAUAGUGCCAUGGUGUUGUAUUACUAUGGUACUGUCAUAUGAUAUAAUAUUAUUAUAGUGUAAUAGUGUUAUUUAAUAUGUAAAUUGUAUUGCUAUACAUUAAAUAAAGUAUGGGUUUUGAUGUACUUCA